ACAUGUCUAACAACCGAACUGUGGUUGUCAUUGGAAUAUCAGGAUCAGGAAUAUCGGCUUGCGCAAACGCUCUAGCGGGCUCCGUUCUAUUUAAAGAAGGUUUUAGUAGCACCAGCUGUACGCGGUUUGUAUGCAGCCAAACUAUUCGUGUUGAUCGAUCAGGAGAAGAAUACAACUUGAAGAUUGUUGACACAAUUGGCCUCGCUGGCACUCGACUGUCGCCCGACGAAGAAUUGCAGCGACUUGUGUCCGCUUGUAGUGAGUGUAUGGAAGGGAUCAAUGCCGUGUUUUAUACCACGUCACGUAGUUGUUCGAAAGACGAAGCAGAUGCGUUCUACGCUGCGUUGCAAGUUUUUGGAGCAGAAAUUUUGGAUUAUACUACUAUCGUGCGAACAAAGUUUGAAGAUUUUCGAAAUCCAGCGGCAGUCGCACGGGACAGAAAGUUUCUUAUGGAAGAUAUCAAUUUCAAGAUGGGACAAUGUCUGCCUAGCAUCAGGUACAUUCUUCAUGUUGACAAUGUGCCACUUCGCUACUGCCAUCUAGACGGUUGCAAAGAAGACCGUAUGGCUUCACGGGAGAUUUUGCUGCGGCAUCUGAUCUGCAAUUGCCAAAAGGUUUUCCGUCUGCCGUUACAGCGUGAAGUUGAAUACAGAAUUUUCGAGCAGAAGACUGCAAACCAGGAACCACUAGUACAGAAGAUGCAACGGUUGGAGGCUCAGUGUAAGAGUACUGUUAGACAAAUGGAGCAGUUAUGCGCACAAGCAGCCGGAGCUCAACGAGAAACAACAAAUGCAACCAGACAACGGAUGCAGGACGUUACUGGAGAGAGAGAACCAGAGCAAGCCGCUUCUGUGGCAGUUGUGAGUGAUGAUGAAAUUGUAGAAGCUGCCUCAAGAAUUGAAUCAGUCUGGGAUAAAGUAGCAGCAUUUCUUGAUGCAAAAUUGUUUUCUCAGGCUGCAGUAGAUGUCAUUGAGAAGAAAACUUCAUCACCAUUCUCAAGAGCCAGAACUAUGCUUGAACAGUGGAAAAAUAGUGCUGCUGCAAAUGCUACACAACAACGCUUGAAAAAUGCAAUGGUUAGAGCAGGAUUGAGACUGCAAGCAGUUGAAGUGUUUGGUGAAAUGUCUACUCAUUAGACCUAUAGACUACGCAUCAUGCUUAACAGUCACGUACAAUUUUCUUUUUCAUGAUUUUUUAGCUUCUGUUGCAGUAAUAUCAAUGUGCCAUGCAGCAUGCCAGUUUGUAAUGAUUUUUAUGUUUAUGGAUUUGAUAUGAUUUCAUUAAUUAAGAGCAAUAAAAAUU